AUGAGCGCUUCUGCGGACCACGCGCACUCCGUCGAGGCCAAAGGUCCUGCGAAUGGAGUCGCUGAAGAUACGGCCAUCGACAUCAAAGAGACGGAAAAGGACAAGAUCGAAAAAGCUCCGGUCACCAACUACUGGCGAAUCCUUUCUCAUCGGUCGACCACAGAUGGGGUUGCUCUUCUUGUUGGUCUGGCGGCUUCGCUUGGUGCCGGCACUGCACUACCGUUAAUGAACAUCGUCUUUGGACACCUGGUCGGCAACUUCAAUGACUACUUUCUACCUAACAGCUCCGUGACUGAGGGCGAAUUCAAAUCAACGGUGAACCAAUUCUCACUCUACCUGGUGUAUCUCUUCAUUGGGAAAUUCGUCCUGACCUAUAUUUCCAUGUUCUGCUUUCGUACGACAGGACUUCGCAUCUCGGCCAAACUCAGACUCUCCUACAUCACAUCCCUCUUCGCCCAGCCGAUCAAGAAGCUCGAUGAGGUAUCCACCGGGACGGUGGCCAACACUGUGACCAGUUCCGCCAAUACCAUCCAAAUGAGUAUCUCGGACAGACUCCACGCCCUAUUGAGCUCCAUGGCUCUCACGAUCGCCGCCUAUGCCAUCGCCUUCAGAUAUUCGUGGGCGCUCACCCUCGUCACGAGUUCGGCAUUGCUUUUCGUGCUCGUGGUCUACAGCAUCACCACGCCAUUUGUCCUUAAAAGAUUCCAAAAGGUCGAAAAGGCAAAUGAAAAGGCGGCAUCAAUAGCGGCAGAGGUGUUUAGCUCGAUUCGAGCGGUCUUCUCGUUGGGCGCAGAACCGACUUUGACCGAAAAGUAUUUCUCCCACGUUGACGAUUCACAAAGGCAUGGACUUGCCAUGUCCCCCCAGAUUGGUCUGCAGCUGGCCCCGAUGUUUUUCGCCAUGUACUGCAGUUUCGCAUUGGCUUUCUGGUUUGGCCUCAAACUUUUUCGUGAGGGUCAUAUUGGGAGCAUCAGCACCGUCAUCACUGUCUUCUUUUCCGUCUUGAUCGUCGUCGGCGUCUUAGGUUCCGUGGUGACGCCGGUCAUGGCCAUAACCAAAGCUAUCAGUACAUCCACCGAAUUUUUCUCGAUGAUUGAUGCCGAUACCAUCUCGUACGAAGGAUUGAUCGAGCCAGAUGUCUCCCCGCAUGACGAUAUUGAACUCCAAGACGUGUUCUUUUCGUAUCCCACUCGGGCGAAUGUUCCAGUUCUGAAGGGGUUCAAUGCGCGGAUUCGCAAGGGCAAGACGACAGCUUUGGUCGGUCCAUCGGGCUCGGGGAAGAGUACGAUCGUGGCGUUGCUGGAGCGUUGGUAUGAGUUGAAAAUGACCACGACCGAGACGGCCAAGUCCACCGAACCGGACACGGAGCCGCCGAAUCACGACUCGCCGCCCGAAAAGGAUGAUCCUCCAGAGCUUCCGACCCCGAACGAGGGCAUGAUCACGAUCGGAGGUCGUGACAUCACGGAGAUCCACCUCAAAUGGUGGAGAUCGCAAAUCGGGCUUGUCCAGCAGGAACCGUUCUUGUUCAAUGACACUGUCUUCAACAAUGUGUCUUUCGGACUGGUGGGCACGCCAUGGGAGAACGAAGACGAAGCGGCCAAGAAAGAACGGGUGAAAAGAGCCUGCAAAGAAGCUUUCGCGGACGAAUUUAUCGACCAACUUCCAGAUGGAUACUCCACCAAAGUCGGGGAGAGUGGCAUUAAGCUGAGUGGCGGUCAACGACAACGUCUUGCGAUUGCCCGGAGUAUCAUCAGAGAACCUGCCAUUCUGAUCUUGGACGAAGCAACCAGUUCGAUUGAUGUUCGAGGAGAAAGAAUCGUCCAGAAAGCGCUGGACCGCGUUUCUCGAAAUCGAACCACGAUCGUGAUCGCCCAUCGACUGUCCACCGUCCGACAAGCUGAUCAUAUCAUCGUCAUGCGUGACGGCCGCAAGAUGGAAGAAGGGACUCACGAGCAUCUUCUGUCCAUUCCUGACGGUCUCUAUGCAGGCCUUGUCCAUGCUCAACAGCUUGAGGCUGAAUCGGCCCCGGCACCGACCGCAGACGAUGAAAUUGCCUGUCUCGAAAGUUUGGAACAGAAAGAACCAACCGGAUCGACGAAGAAGGAUGCUGAAGAUGCUAUCCCUACGUACGAGCAAAAAGGAUUCUUUGCUUCGGUUGGCCGAUUUUUGUACGAACAACGAAAGCAUUGGAAGCUUUAUGUGCUGAUCGUGGCCGGAGCGAUGGGAGCGGGCUCCGCCUUUUCACUGCAGGCCUGGAUUUUUGCCAAAUUGGUUGAAGUGUUCCAAUUCACCGAAGAGAAGCUGAAGGAACGAGGCGAUUUCUGGUCCUUGAUGUUCUUCGUCCUCGCUCUGUGCAUAAGUACGUGCUAUUUCAACCUGGGAUUCGGCUCCAACCAUCUCUCUGUUUAUGUCUCAUCGACAUAUCGACGUGAGAACUUCCGAAACAUCUUGCGAAACCCGGUAUCAUUUUUUGACGCCGAGGCCAACGCAUCCGGAUCCUUGAUGUCUCGCCUGUCCUCCGAUUACAAGCAGCUCCAGGAACUACUUGGUCUGAACGGAGUAUUUCCUCUAGUGUCCAUAUUCAACAUGACCGGAAGUGUCGCCAUUGCCUUCUCAUUCGGUUGGAAAUUGACCCUGGUGACUUUCUUCUCGGUCAUGCCGGUUAUUUGGAUUGCCGCAUCCGUCCGCAUCCAAUUCGAAUUGAAGUUCGAGGAAUGGAAUGCUCAAGUGUUCGAGCACAGCUCCCAAUUUGCGACCGAGGCGAUUGGAGCCUUUCGAACGGUGGCAUCGUUGACGAUGGAAGAUGCCAUCAUCCGCAAGUACUCUCAACUCUUACGAGACCAGAUCCGAAAAUCAACGCGCAAGGCCACGUAUGCCUCUCUGGUCUUUGCACUCUCGGAUAGCAUUGAGCUCUGUGGAAUGGCUCUGACUUUCUGGUAUGGAGGCCAACUUUUAGCUUCUCGCGAAUACAACCCAGUCCAAUACUUCGUCGUCUACAUCGCCAUUGUCCUCGGAGCACAAGGUGCCGGCCAAUUUUUCAGCGUCGCACCAAAUAUCGCCCAAGCCACGGCGGCAGCGAAUCGAAUUCUCGGACUUCGAGCCGAAGUGAUGGGGAGAGAGAAAAUCACGAGCAAAGGCCACCGUCUACCGCCAACCGACACGAAAGCCGGAGCCAAAAUCGAAUUCCAAUCCGUCGCUUUCCAAUACCCGACGCGCGAUGCUCCUAUCUAUCGCAACCUCAAUCUGUCCAUCGAAAGCGGACAAUUCAUUGCCUUGGUGGGUCCAUCCGGCUGCGGCAAGACCACUGUGAUUUCCCUUCUCGAGCGCUUUUACCAGCCAACAUCCGGCAUGAUCCUAUUCGAUGACCAAGAUGUCCGCGAGAUCGAAAUAUCAUCCUACCGCCGCGCCCUGUCUCUCGUCGCGCAAGAACCGAAACUCUUCGACGGGACCAUCCGUGAGAAUUUAACUCUUGGACUCAACCCGUCAGAAGUCGCCGAUGACACAAUCGAACAAGCCUGCAAAGAUGCCGAGAUCCACGACUUCAUCAUCUCCCUCCCCGACGGCUACGGGACCGCCCUAGGCAUCAACGCGCAAAGUUCGCUGAGCGGCGGCCAGAAGCAGCGACUCUGCCUGGCCCGCGCACUCCUGCGGAAUCCUCGACUCUUACUCCUCGACGAAGCCACGUCAAGUCUGGACUCGCAGUCCGAAAAGCUCGUCCAGGCCGCCAUCGAGCGCCUGGUCGGUCAGUGCAGUAUGACGGUGAUUGCUGUCGCGCAUCGGCUAGCGACCAUCCAGAAGGCAGAUGUAAUUUUCGUCUUUGGCGAGAGUGAAGUCGGUCGUGGCUCGAGGAUUCUUGAGCAUGGCACGCAUGGUGAGUUGUUGAGGAGGCGCGGCGCGUAUUGGCAAAUGGUAAGCAUCAAGUAUCUUUCACCGGGGUUCAGGCUGACGUUUAUGUUACGUGCAGUGCCAGGAACAAGCACUCGAUCGAUAGCCGAUAGUCGCGACGACUCGACACUCUCGAUUCAUUGA